AUGGACAAGGGACAGCUCGAGCAGCUGAAUCCCACCCCACCAAGCGUGUCCCGUUUACAGUCAGUCCUACAAGAGAAGUUUGAAUUGAAGGUGGAGAAACAGAUCCUUUUAGUAUCCGGUGGAUUCCAGUUGGGGCCGGACGAAAGAUUACCAUAUAACGGAGCGGGAUUGAACGAAACCAAUCCCAUCUACGUAUUCACACGUGCAUCGGAUAAGGAUGUCGAUGAACAGCCGGACAUUUGGCGAGUUUCCGAUGGUGGCUUGCCGUCCCAGUUGGAGCAGUGCAUCAAGGCACCAACCAAUAGUGCAAGUUUGAAUCAAGGUGCCUCCUGUGUGGAUGCGAUUGUUCCAAUCGUGGUGCAAACGCGCAAUGCAAUUAAGAAGCUCAUGUUCCAACAGGGCCAAAUGGUUCAGGGUUGGCAGGCCGCAUUAGCCAAUCUGGCAGAAGCUGCAGCCGAUAAGGGGAAACGCCUAGCCAUUGCCCGAAGAGAUAUCGCCCCGUUUGAGAACAAUCACUUGGAAUGGGAACAGAAGUUCCAACAAAUUAAUGAUUUGAAACGGGAUUUGAGCCAGGUUCCGCUGCUGCCACAAUUGAGCCAACAGUUUCAAGGUCUGCUCGAUCCUUCCGAACCAAACCCAGUUCCUUCCAAUCUUUACGAAUGGUUUUGCUUGCAAUGCACUCUGACCUACGGUGGAGUACCUUUGUCCAGCCGAAAAAGUUCACUUGGCACAACCGCCGCAACUCGACUGCAGAUAGCUGCCAGGUACCUUCAUCGACCGGAGAUACUUUCGGAAGGGGCUGGUGGAAGACGUAUGCGAACGACAAGUGCAGAACAGCUAGGACAGGACAUACCAACUCCUGUUCCGGGGGUCGGGCAGAAUCAUCGUAGUCCAGCGGCAACCGGUGCCCCUCCACCUGUGAUUCCAUCACCCUCAUCAUCGUUAUCCACGGCUGUAGCGUCGUCGACUGCCACUGGCAUCAUCCAUUCCGGUGAACCGACAUUUUAUGCCGGAGGAUCGCAACCCAGUUUGAAUUCGUUGCUAAAUUAUUGUUGGGCCGAGGGCAGCUGUUCCCCGUCGGUCUCGUCCACCAUUGGUGACGGUAGUGGCACAUGUGGCGCGGGACUGGAAACGGCCAAUGACUCCUCGCUUACCCGAUGGGAUCCAUAUGAAGUGGAUUUUCUGUCCACAGUUCAGAGGGCUCUGCAACGCUUGCAUUUUUUGCGCUAUGGUUCUCGAGUCCCACAGGAGCAGGGGACCGAGCCAUCGGAUAUGCAAAUGACCUACGCGCAGUUACAAAUGACUCGGAUGGAGCAGCUACUCUCCUUGGUCGCCUCGUGCUCCGCCUCUACACGGGCCAGUCCACGCAAUAGCAGUGAUUCGUCGUCGGACACGGCCAAUGAUCCGACUGUGAAGCAGCUCUCGCUUGAGACUGUUUCUCCUAAUGGAACGGAUUUAUGUCCAGUCGUGUCCAGCCUCCACCAGCAGCAGCAGUACAUCUCCACGGAUCUGGUCCAUCAGACGCGAGAAGUGUUAAAUUUAACCUAUUUUAGUCAACAUCUCACGCACGUGAGCCUGCUAACCGAGGAGGCGACACAGAAAAGUGAAGAGAUUCACAGAGUGCAUAAAAUUCUGAAUGAGUUGCGUCGACAUGGGCGUGACCUGUCCGGAUGUGUGAACGAGUUCCAAACUGUGCUAUACAUGUUUCGUCAAUUGUGCGAUCUAUUGGAUGAGACAAUGAAAAGCAAGUUGGAAUUGGCGUUUGCGCUCAAACAGAGACAACAGUGA